ACAGCCUCUCCUGAGAGCAGAGAGUUUGCCAAAGUGCCAAGCCAUCACAUCUCAGCUGCUGACUCGUGCAGCAAUUCCGUUAACUUAAGUGGGAGUGUUUGGGAUGAAACCUGGAAAGCAUCUUCAGGGAGGCCUGGCCCUAGCUCAGGGACAUUGUCCCCUGUGCCUUCCGGGUGAGACUGGAGAGGACGAAGUCUUCCUGAGGGAAAGCAAAGAAUACUUUGAGAAGAACCCUGAGAUACAGGGAGAUGAGGAAAGGAUCCUUGAGCAAGAAGAGCACCUUCGGGGAGGAGAUGAUGAUGUCCUUGGGCAUGGAUAUAUGGAGGACUCCACUGAUGUGUACAGCUCCCAGUUUGAAACCAUUUUGGACAACACUUCUCUAUACUACAGUGCAGAGUCAUUGGAGACGCUGUACUCGGAGCCUGAUAGCUACUUUAGCUUUGAAAUGCCCCUUACUCCAAUGAUACAGCAGCGCAUUAAAGAAGGCGGUCAGUUCCUGGAGAGGACCUCUGCGGGAGGACAUCAGGAUGUCCUGAGUGUCUCAGCAGAUGGCAAUGGUGGGAUUGUGAUGGGCUAUUCAAAUGGGCUGAAUGAUUCCAGCAGCUCCAUCUACAUGAAAGGCCCUCAAGAGACUGCUUUCUGGGGAAGGUACUAGGCUACUCUCCUUAAUUUCAUGGUGGUAUUUCUAUAGUAUUCUGUCCUUAUGAAAUCUACGUGUGGAAUACAUUUUAAGUGAAUUUUCCUAGUUUCUGUGGAUGUAGGCAGAUGAUUUGAGUAAAUGGUAAUUUGGGAUUUAAGAGAAGGCAAAGUAUACCUUAGUGGUUUGCCAAAUUGGUGAGCUGUGGACAUUUCCUGUGUUAACUGUAUAAGAGUAGCUACUGGACAUAGUGAUGAUACAGCUCUGGAGACAGUGGCUAGUGCCCAUCAACAGAGCUUUAGUCUGACGUUGGCAGGUUGUAUGAUUAGCCCAGAGAGUCCUUGAUUGUAAAUGGAGGUGUUGGUUGGGAAGUUUCCAGUGUCUUCUACCCCUAUCACCUAGGUACUCUUCUGCCUGGCUGUCUUCUUGUUUCUGAGAUUUCAAGGAAGGAUCUGAUAUGGGUGCUUGGUGGAUAGGAUGGAAGCUGACAAGACUUGACAAGGCUAUAAGUAUUUAUUUUCUCUAUUUUAACAUUUAGGUCCAUCUUAGAGCUAACAUGGCAAAUUGUGUAUGGUACACAUUCCACAGCUGUCAUUUGGGGUGCCUUGUCUACGUAUGGAUUAUCCAGCCGUCUGUCUCUUCUUGCUUGUCAUCUUAGUUCAUCUGCCUGCCAUUUUGCAACUUUAUCAGUGGGUAGGGAAUGCUAAAUCAUCUGUUUUAUGAAUUUAGUUUUGUUAUUUUUUCCUCCCUGUGUGUCUGUGUCUGGAGGUGAUGGUGGAGGGAAAGUUAAAUGAGGGUAAAGUAUUUUAAAGCUGCAUAAAAAUGUCAGUGCUUUACUUUUUAGAAGUCUGUUCAUAUUAUAGGUUUCUAGUAAACAUCUCUUUUCAACAGUCUGUCCUGUGCUGACAUUUUCUAUGACUACAAUAGGUUUAUAGUUCUGGGGAGGAGAAGAUUCAAAACUGGCACAUUUUAACCUUGUGCUGUGUUUCCAUGUGAAAUGGCUGUGAGUAGUGGUUGCCACAGUGAGAUAAGGUCUCAAAACACAAGAGCUUGGUCUGAUAUAGAUAAGCUACUUAUUUUCUCUAACAUCUGAUUUAAUUUUUUGAAAAGUAGGGAUAAUGAUGUCUUGUGUGCUUAAAGCAUCCAGCACAGGAACUGGCUGCUAAGUCCGUAUUUAGGCAUUAUGUGUCUCUAAGAAGAGGGUGCCCCUGAGAGGAUGGUAUCCCCAGGGAUGUGUCCCUGAGGAAGGGCUGUUCUUGAGAGUGAGCAUCCCUGAAGUGGGAGUGUGCCUGUGAGCUGGGUGUUCUCGAGGCAUCUCUGCUUGGGUUGUCUCUCAGAGGGAGUAUCUCUCAAUAGAGAACACAGCUGUAGUCUUUUUGCUUUAUCAUCAUCCCUGGUGACUGUGAAUUAUGAUAAAAUAUCAUAGAAUAGGUAUGAAGACGAUCCCGUUGUACCCCCAACCUAACUUUCUGAGGCAAGUACCAGGAGUUAGGUGAUUUGGGCUGGGAAGCUAUGCCACAGGGAAGGUGUGUCAGUGAAGGUAGAGACAAGCAUGUGUGGCGAGCACAGGAAGGGCUGGAUGAAAGGUUCAUUCUUAUGUGGCUUCAGCUUCUAGACUAGGAGGUAGAUGUCAUUCGGCAGCAUGGACUCCAGCCGUUAAUAUGGACAGAGUUUAAUUAAAAUGUUUUAGCUGCAGAUUAGACAGUGGUAUCUGUCAGGUUGUCUUUAGAUCAAAUUUCACCUGUGUCUCAUGCGUGGUGAAACUGUGAGACCUUGCUUGAAGGCAAAGGACCAAAUCCUGGUAAGGACCAGAUGCAUCUCAGAGGAGCAGGCUGAGCUUCUCUUCCAGAUCUUCCUCCUCCAGGACUCCUAAGACAGUCAUUCCCCACUUACACACACACUGCCAGUAGCUAGGACAGACCAUGGGACACAUCAUCUAGUGUUCUUUGACUUCACCCAAGGGGGUUGUAGGUGGACAGAGUUUCAUUUUGUCUUAGGUGUCUACUCAGGGUUAAUAAACGGAAGCACGUGUACUGAUCCUAGGAAUUUUGCUUUGGAGAAGUUGUAAUUUUAGAGACUUAUGGGUUGAAAAAAUGUAAUAUUUUAUAACUUGAAGGGGACCUUAGAUAAUUUUACUUUUAUAACAACAAAAAAGUUAGUGUCCUAGUUUGGUUGGGAGAAUUACCCAAAGCCAUGUGACUUCCUAAUGGCAGAUCCCGUGCCCUGAGUCCGAGCUGCCCAGCUCCUAGACAAGUCCUUUCACUGUUUAAUGCUGCCUGGUCUGUUAUAGAUCAGCAUUCUGUUUUGUUUUCCUUCUUUCACACUGUGCAUCUAUAGAGACAGACGUAUGAAUAGGUCUGUUUCCAAGGAC